GAUUAAUUAUUGCUGUCUCUUCGCGAUAGUUAGGAGUCAGAAACCGGUAAAUAUGAUGCUCUGAGUACGAUAUCCCGUCACCUGUACAGCAAGAGCAAGAGCAGUGGCGGAGCGGCAUUGUAAACAAACCUCGGCCGCCGAAAACCAUGGUCCUCAGUAGAAGUCGCAGUCGGUCAGCCUCAUCCAGCGGGUCUGAGAAGGCAGCCAGGAAGUCCCGGGACAAGGAUAAGAAGGCACGUAAGAAGUCCUCCAGCAGUGACAGCAGCUCAAGCCGCAGUUCAUCCAGGAGUUCCACAGGGUCUUCUGGCAGUUCUGACAGUUCCUCUAGCAGCAGUUCAUCUUCACGUUCCUCUUCCUCCUCCUCAUCAUCGUCCUCGUCACGUUCAAGAUCUAGAGACAAGGAAAACAAACAAAAGGAGAAGGAGAAAGAAAAAGAGAAAAAAGAUGAUGCUCGCAGAUCGUCCUUCAAAGCAGUUGAGAAAAGUCGCAGUCAGAGUCGAGAGAAAAAGGCCAAACUAAAGAAGCCCUCCAAAUCUCGUUCAAGGUCAGGAUCCCCACGACCUCGCCGCAAGCCCCGUUCCCCCACGCCUAGACCAACCAGGAUUCACAUUGGCCGCCUCACCCGCAAUGUAAACCGGGAUCACCUCAUGGAGAUCUUUGCCGUCUAUGGCUCAGUGAAGAGUGUUGACCUGCCUAUGUAUGAUAUAGGGACCAAUAAGAAACUUGAUCCCCGCUGCUACCGGGUUAAUGUUACAUCAGCUGCCUACUCAACUGAUCCAAGACAGUUACCAUAUAUAAAUGAAUAUCGGGUGAAUGCCUCCCUAAACCGUGGUUAUGGAUACAUAGACUUUGAGAAACCAGAGGAUGCAGAGAAUGCAAUGAAGCACAUGGACGGUGGACAGAUCGAUGGACAAGAGAUCACAGCUGCUCCCGUGCUGAUCCCACGGCAGAUGCCCCCACGUCGCCGCUCCCCACUGCCACCCAUGCCAAUGAGACGUGGGCCUCCCCCUCGAUGGCGCUCACCACCAAGAUACAACAUGAUGCGUCGGAGGUCCCCACCAAUGAUGAGAAGGCGCUCACCGCCCCCAAGACGCAGAUCUCCCCGUUCUCGCUCACGCACACCACCACGUCGCAGGAGGUACUCACGUUCCUCCUCCUCCUCCUCACGUUAAGUUGAACUAUUUUCUGUCACUUGCCUCCUCCAUCAUGCCAAUAGUCAAGGCAUUAUCUGGACUAGCCCCUAAAGACCACUUAUCAGCAUGGUAAGUAUUUUUCAGCUUUUUUUUCCCAUUACUAGCUAGUGAGUAUCCUUUUUCUUUUUUUACUUGAAACAUUGUUCAGUUUAUUUUCUAGAAUAUGUAGACCUUGGGUACUUUUUCUAAAUAUUGUUAAAAGUUAAACUAGAUUUUAAAAGCAGUGUCAGUGGUGUCCAUUUUGUCAAAGAAGGUUGUUCACCAUGACUGUUACCCAGAAGCAAACAGUAUAGACAGGACAUCUUAUUAAAUUUAAUUAGUGAAAUAUUCCUUUAUCAUUUACAAUUUACAUGUACUAUUUUUGUAGUCUUUUGUUCAGUAUGGUGGGUAGGUUUGAAUAAAAACUUAUUGAUCAAAAUGAUAUUUGAGAGGAUUUUCCCAGGUUAGUAAUGUUUCUUUUAAGUGAUUGAAGUAAUGCUAUGGAUAUGUCAUGUUGUUUAAUAGGGAAAUACAUAUUGCACAUCUGGUGGAUUUUAAAUUGUACUUUUUGCCAGCAGAUUGUCAUAUUGUGCAAUCCCUUCAGUAAAUUUUAAAAAGUGUAACUGCUAUGACACCGUUUUUUUAUUGUGAUAAUUACUUUUUUCUGUAAUUUAGUAGAGGCUGAUCCUUUAACUGCAAACUGAUGAUUAAAGGAAAGUGGGCAGGAUAAGAUUAGAUGUUGUGAACCAAGUGAGGUUGAGAAUCAAUUUUUUAUGAUGUUUAACUAGGCAAAAAGAAACCAAUUAUACUUUGUAAUUUAUUACAUAUGUACACAAAAGUGCAUCAUCCAUACUCAUAAUCUUUUGUAAAACCUUCAACAAUACAUAGCCAGUAUUUACAGGUC